UGCAUCACAGAGAGGAAAAUACCACCAGAUGGCGGUUUAGGAUUGCUGCUCUUAUCUCAAGGCGCGGUUCCGCUCGCACGGCCAAUUUUCAAUAUAAAUAUACCAACUAUAUUCAAACUAAAAUCGUUUGCACGUUUCGGAAGGCGAUAACCAAUCCGGCGAUGGUCGUUAAAGCUGAUGAGAGUUAAGUGCCGGCAAGUUGAGUGCUGUCCAUCCAAAAGGCUCUCUCCUCCCCGCCCUUCCAGACCUUUUCCCUCCCCUUUGUACCGGCAAUCCCGUACCAGAGUGUUCACACCUCGACUUCAUUCAUUGCUGAAGACGCUCACAAGCAGAGCUGCAGAGGUCAACAGCUCCCCCUCUAACCAAGAUGAUCACCUCGGAGCUUCCUGUCCUACAGGACUCCUCUAAUGAGUCUGGGGCGACGGAUACCGUGAGCUUAAGCAUGAACAUGACUGAGAUGGAAGACCCAGAGAUUAAAGGCAAGAAGAAGAGAGGAAGGCCUGGAAAACAGACACAGACGUCCAAUAAGAAGCCCCGGAAGUCUCCAACAGACAAAACACUGAGCAUGACCAGAGGGAGGGGGAAAGCAAACGGCGUGGCUCAACAGAACGGAAACGGAGGGGAGCCCGUCACCCUGUUUGAAGUCGUCAAACUGGGAAAGAGUGCAAUGCAGUCUGUGGUUGAUGAGUGGAUUGAAGCAUACAAGCAGGACAGAGACUUGGCUCUGCUGGACCUCAUCAACUUUUUCAUCCAGUGCUCGGGUUGCAAAGGCACUGUGAGGAUAGAGAUGUUCAGGAACAUGCAGAAUGCGGAGAUCAUCCGUAAGAUGACAGAGGAGUUUGAUGAGGACAGCGGGGAUUAUCCUCUAACUAUGCCCGGCCCUAUGUGGAAAAAGUUUCGCUACAACUUCUGCGAGUUCAUCGGCGUUUUGAUCCGCCAGUGUCAGUACAGCAUCAUCUACGACGAGUACAUGAUGGAUACGGUCAUUUCGCUCCUCACCGGACUGUCGGACUCCCAAGUGCGAGCCUUCAGACACACGUCCACGCUAGCAGCGAUGAAGCUGAUGACGGCGCUAGUCAAUGUUGCAUUGAACCUGAGCAUCCAUCAGGACAACACUCAGAGACAGUACGAGGCAGAGAGGAACAAGAUAGCCGGCAAACGAGCCAAUGAGAAGCUGGAGCUGCUGCUACAGAAGAGGAAGGAGCUUCAGGAAAAUCAAGAUGAAAUAGAAAAUAUGAUGAACUCCAUCUUUAAAGGCAUCUUUGUGCAUCGCUACAGGGAUGCUAUCGCUGAGAUUCGAGCCAUUUGCAUCGAGGAGAUCGGCGUGUGGAUGAAGAUGUACAGCGAUGCGUUUCUCAACGACAGCUACCUAAAAUAUGUUGGCUGGACACUACAUGACCGGCAAGGAGAAGUGCGUCUGAAGUGCCUGAAGGCUCUGCAGAACCUUUACACAAACAGAGAGCUAUUCCCCAAGCUAGAGCUCUUCACCAACCGCUUCAAGGACCGGAUUGUAUCGAUGACACUGGAUAAGGAGUACGACGUGGCUGUAGAGGCCAUUAGGCUGGUCACACUCAUUCUGCAGGGCAGUGAAGACGCUUUGUCAAACGAGGACUGCGAGAACGUGUACCACCUGGUUUACUCUGCUCACCGACCCGUCGCAGUCGCCGCAGGAGAGUUCCUUCACAGAAAGUUGUUCAGUCGCCACGACCCGCAGGCUGAAGAAGCUCUGGCUAAGCGGAGAGGGAGGAGCAGUCCCAAUGGGAAUCUCAUCCGGAUGCUGGUUCUCUUCUUCUUGGAGAGCGAGCUUCAUGAGCACGCAGCGUACCUGGUUGACUCGCUGUGGGAAAGUUCUCAGGAGCUGCUGAAAGACUGGGAAUGCAUGACUGAACUUCUGCUGGAGGAGCCCGUUCAGGGAGAAGAGAUGUUGUCAGACAGACAGGAGAGUGCGUUGAUAGAGCUGACUGUGUGCACCAUCCGACAGGCGGCCGAGGCACACCCACCUGUUGGCAGAGGCACUGGCAAACGAGUACUGACAGCGAAAGAGAGGAAAACCCAAAUAGACGACAAGAACAAACUCACCGAACACUUUAUCAUGGCCCUUCCAAUGCUGUUAUCCAAGUACCAGGCAGACGCAGAGAAAGUGGCCAACCUGCUGCAGAUCCCUCAGUUCUUUGACCUGGACGUUUACAGCGCCGGGCGCAUGGAGAAGCACCUGGACGCCCUCCUGAAGCAGAUCCGGUUGGUGGUGGAGAAACACAUCGAGACGGACGUCCUGGAGGCCUGCAGCAAAACCUACAGCAUCCUCUGCUCCGAGGAGUACACCAUCAUGAACCGCGUGGACAUCGCCCGCUCGCAGCUCAUCGACGAGAUGACCGAUCGCUUUGCGCACUCUGUGGAAGAGCUACUGCAGGAGGGCGAAGAGGCUGACGACGACGACAUCUACAACGUUCUGUCAACUCUGAAGCGACUUACGGCUUUCCACAACGCUCACGAUCUGACGAGGUGGGAUUUGUUCGGGAAUUGCUACCGGCUGCUGAAGGCGGGCAUCGAGCAGGGCUCCAUGCCGGAGCAGAUUGCCGUGCAGGCCCUGCAGUGCUCUCACUACUCCAUCCUGUGGCAGCUGGUGAAGAUCACCGAGGGGGUUCCCAGCAAGGACGACCUCUUGGCUCUCAGGAGAGUGGUGAAGUCUUUUCUCGCCGUCUGCCAGCAGUGUCUCUCCAACGUCAACACGCCGGUUAAAGAGCAGGCGUUCAUGCUCCUCUGCGACCUGCUGAUGAUCUUCAGCCACCAGCUGAUCACCGGGGGCAGGGAGGGCCUCCAGCCGCUGGUGUUCAACCCAGACAGCACCCUACAAAACGAGCUGCUAAACUUUGUCCUGGAUCACGUCUUUAUCGACCAGGACGACGAGAACCAGAGCAUGGAGGGAGACGAGGAGGACGAGGCCAACAAGAUCGAGGCGCUCCAUAAGAGGAGGAAUUUGCUCGCGGCUUUCUGCAAACUCAUCAUCUACGACAUCGUAGACAUGCCUGCCGCCGCCGACAUCUUUAAACACUACAUGAAGUACUACAACGAUUACGGAGACAUCAUCAAGGAAACACUCAGCAAGACGAGACAGACGGAUAAGAUUCUCUGCGCUAAGACACUCAUACUCAGUCUGCAGCAGCUGUUCAACGAGCUCCUGCAGGAUCAGGGUCCCAAUCUGGAUCGGACGUCGUCUCACGUGAGCGGCAUCAAGGAGCUGGCCCGCCGCUUCGCUCUGACCUUCGGCCUGGACCAGAUCAAGACCAGAGAGGCUGUUGCGACGCUACAUAAGGAUGGAAUAGAGUUUGCAUUUAAGUAUCAGAAUGCUCGAGGAUCAGAGUUUCCACCCAUCAAUCUGGCCUUCCUGGAGGUCCUGAGUGAAUUCUCCUCCAAGCUGAUACGACAAGACAAGAAGACAGUGCACUCCUACCUGGAAAAGUUCAUGUCGGAGUCGAUGUCGGAGCGUCGGGAGGACGUGUGGCUGCCGCUGAUCUCCUACAGGAACAGCCUGCUGACGGGCGGCGACGAGGACCACAUGUCCGUCACGUCGGGCUCCAGCAGCAAGACCGGCUCGGUGCGCAGCAAGAAGGGACGGCCGCCACUGCACAAGAAGCGCAUCGAGGAGGAGAGCAGCGUGGAGGGAUCGUGGAUGAUGAGAAACGACACGCUCCAGACGCCGAGCGCGCUCCAGACUCCCCAGCUCACCUCGACCGUCCUCAGAGAGAACAGACCCGCAGAACACAUGCCUGAUCCGGACUCGGAACCCGGAUCGGAGAAUGACUACGUCCACAAUCCUCAGAUUCAGAUGUCGUGGCUCGGCCAGCAGAAGAUGGACGAGGUGAACAGAAAAGACCGAACGAGCAUGAACUACAUCAAGUCGCGCAGCAAUCAGGGCGUCCGGCAGACUGUCCGCGGGCUGAUGGAGGACGACGCAGAGCCCAUCUUCGAAGACGUGAUGAUGUCGUCGCGGGGCCAGCUGGAGGACAUGAACGAGGAGUUUGAAGACACCAUGGUGAUCGACCUGCCGCCUUCAAGGAACAGACGUGAAAGAGCAGAAUUAAGACCGGACUUCUUUGACUCUGCAGCAAUGAUAGAAGAUGAGUCGGGAUUCAGCAUGCCCAUGUUCUGAUCUGGAAAGCGUUAAACAUCACGAGUUCAGCAUUGUAACGAGGAGUAAACUGAAAAAGAGGGGGGUGGUCUGGGCCGGCUAACCCUGCACCACCUCACAAUCAAACUCUUUACGAAGAAGAAUAUACUGUGUUAAAGUGUUAAAGUACGCCUACGUUUCUCCGAGACAUGAUGGAAGGAUGUUCGUCUAGCGGGUCGGCACCGACCGGAACCGAGCCUGGAAGAGAGGAUCCACUGUGUUCCCUCGCUGUCUCUGGUGCGGAUCGGAGGUCCUGCAGCCAGAAUUAUUCAAGAACUUCGUCCCAUUCGUGUUCUUCCUCCUCUUCCUCCGCAGCCUGUCGGUUUAGCUCUCGUUAGUGGUUGUCCCGAUGGUGCUCUGGCUUUUAAACCCAGUUUUUACAGUUCCUGUUAACAGCGAUGCACAGAUUUUAGCUCAUGGUCACAGAGCGCCAUGGUUCUCUGUACAGCUCCCCUCCCAAAAGCCUUCUUUCCUCCCUUCCUUCCUUCUUUUGGUGUUGCACUCCGGUCCUUCUGGUUGAAUCAAACAUGAACAGGAUGUCCCUACUAAAUGUUCCACUGCUUUGCUGUCCCCCCUGCUGUCUGCUCGCCAUCUCUUGUAUGUGGUGUUUGACGUGUGUGUGAAGUGUAUCGGUGGCGGCGACGGCCGAGGAGCGACACACCUAGACAAGAGAUCAACAGCUCUCAGCUGACCCAGAGGAGGUUUGGGCGCCGACCAAGCAUAUCGAGGCUUGUUCGACUCUGAGGGAGCAAAGAAAAUCCCCCCUGCUGUCUCACACUCUCUAGAUAACAGCUUUUUCAAGUUAAAAACGUUUUAAAAAAAAUAUUAUAAACAUAUUUUCAACUCUGUAGCUUUAGUACUAAAGUUUUAAAUCAAGUGUGUUUUUGUCUGUACAGUUUUGGUUGUUUUUUUUUCUUUUUUUCUCUUGAAUACGUAUCAUGUUUGUUGCCAAAUUGUGGCCUACAUACUUAAAGUAUAUUCCAUCCCUCCCUCCCCUCACCUCUUAAGGCGGUUACCAUAGAUACCAGCUUCUAGGCGCUGUAUCGUCCGAUUGUAAUUGACACUCAAGUAUGGAAGCCGAAUAUCUGUGCCGUUUCAUCAUCCAACAGGUCAAAAACGAGCCGCUUACAUUUUUGCACCCGUAUUCAGUGUUAAUGGAUCCAAGAAGUUCUAGAUUUUGUUGUUGAUCAUUGUUCAUAUCCAGUGCAGUGAUGGAUCUUUGUCUGGCAGAUGUGUUUGAAUGUGUUCUGAAUGUUCUCAGCCAUACCUUUUUCCUCAUCCCUCUUUUGGGUCAACAAUCACUUUUCAACCUUCCCUUUCGCUGUAAAUAUCAGAGAUGACCGGAUCUUUUUUCUGCCGUGCAGUCGACAUCAGUCACCCUAACAUACUCUAAAAAGCCUGUUUUUUUCCCCUGUGAUCUUAAAUUCUUUUUAAUAAAAUAAAAUCUGUAAUCAGUUUA